AUGCAAAAGGGCAAACUUACCCCAGCGUAUACAAAAAAGGUAGCAACAGCACUGUGGGAGCAGAUAACUGCAACAUUAAAUGCUACACCCGGAGGAGCUAUAAAAACACCAACUCAGUGGAACAAGACCUGGAGAGACCUUCGAAAGAAUGUCAAAAAUAAAGCUUCGAAAGAAAAGCAGUACAGGAAUGGUACAGGAGGUGGUCCACCAAUGCCUCCACCACCACCAGAGUUGGACAAAACUACUGAUGAAAAAUUUUUAGAAAUUCUAACACCUAUAGCAGUGGAGGGGAAUGAAGUUCCUGAUUCAUUUUUCUUAAACGUUGAUGUAAUUUUACAUAUUAUCGAGGAAAAAGAAAAUGAAUCUAAUAUUGAGAUUAUAGAUGAAAAUAGCAUGGAGCCUGUUGCUGCAACUUUGACACCAAAAAAAAAAGAGAAAAAUUACCCUGCACACUGUAGAAAACACUGUAUCAAAAAAUUCAAGAAAAAAAGUGUGAACUCUUCCAGAUUAAGCCAUAGCUUAAGAAAUAAUGAAAAGUUCCUAAUGAUAAGCCAACAAGGAAUGUCAGCAACAGAAAAAUAUCAAAAGAAAAAGUUACAGUUGUUAGAAGAGCGUUUUAAAAUAAAGCAGGAGUAUUAUGAAAAAAAAAUUAAAGUUAUUGAAAAUAUUUCGGAAAAUGUUGAAAUGAUAGCAAACAAAAUUGUUCAUAUUUUUUAA